AUGGCACUAUCAAAUUUCCCAAACGGCCUGUUUGCAGAUGGGCCAUUCGAACUAAGCUUUGACAAUAUGCUUUUUCUUGACCAAAUCUUCAUGGGUAACUGCGAACCAACAGAAUGGGACAACCGCCGACCAAGCCAAGACCUGCAAGAUCCCACUUCCACUUCCGAUAACGCCGAGACCGACGACCGAGAACAGUUUGGGCGGGACUCUACCUUUCCAAAUGGGAUGCUUGAUUCAUUUUCUUGGAUGGAUGACUCUACAGAGUCGGCUAUUUGCACUGCAGCACUGCAUUCCUACUUCGAUUUUGCGGCCCCAUAUCUUCCAAUUCUCCUCGCGGAUGCGUUUUGGCGGGAUCAUCACGCGAGUCGGUGCAGUGAAUCACUUCUGUAUGCUGUUGCCUGCCGCGGUAUGCCCUUCACUGAAGCACCAAACAAAUGGGAUCUUCAGCAACGUCUUGCGUGCAAAUUCCGAGAGACAUUUCUCAUUGCUCGAAGCAACGCAUCUGAUGAUGAAUUCAUCAGACUUGAUGAUCUUGAAGCUCUGGCGCUUAUGGUGAAUUUCGAAUACGAAGACGCUGGCAGUCUACCGCUCCUUUUGAACCUAGGGAGGCUUUUUCUUACGCACGAGUCGCUCGUUUUGAUGACCAUGCACUAUCGAAUUCUUGAUCAUGAUACCACUGCUUCAACUACGUCAGCAAUCCUGGCAAGAGCUAGCGAGCGUCGCGUGCUUCUCUAUUGGCAUAUCUAUGGACUAGACGCAUUUCAUUGCCUUGACCGCAAGCAAAUAUCGCGUAUCUCAAAUAACGACGUCGGCAGCAAAGAGAGUCUCUCGCAACUUGAUACCAAGGACUAUUUCGAUGCUAUUCUUGCCCUGGCUGUUAUUGCCCGCCAAAUUACACAGAGUCUGUGUAGCCCGCUCGCAAAACGUCAAGGCGUCGAACCAAAUGACGUCCACGAUUCAUAUGAGCAACUCAAUCACUGGAGGAACAAAAUCUGUCCGCAAUAUCUACGGAGGUACAAAGAUAGUGCAGGUAGACUAGCGCCCAUUGACCUCAAAGAGCCAAAUUCCAGUAGAACGAAGAAAAACACCCAGCUUUAUCGCGCAGUCUUAUGGGCUCUAGAGCUGAACUGUCUAUUAGAGAUUGAGAGCUGUGUCUCAGAUUACGGGAUACAAGAUAACAGAAGCUUGGAGGCAGAGAUAACCGCAAGGCGAGUCGAAUAUGCCAGUUUACGCGCAUUGAACGACAUGGUCGAUAUAUGUCGGUGGAUAAAGCGGCACGAGACUCAUAAUCAAGAUCAUGAGCGACACUCGUUAAUCGAUCUCGCACCCUCUGUUUUGCGCAAUAUCUGUGCGGGCAUGUGCUUUUGGUCCUGUCAACGCGGCAUUGAGCUUUGCAACCGUGGUUCCCCAACUCUGCUGCGUUCCACCCACGAGAACAAUGGAGAUGAUGGAUUCAAGCGACAUGUCCAAACCUAUGUUGAAACAGCACAGUUGUUGCGAGAUACAGCAGCGACAGCGACAUCACAUCAAGAUACGGCACAGAUCCUUGAGCGCAUUGACAAACAGCGAGCGCUACUUGAUUCCAGGGUGGGUGAUCUCCAGACUCUCCGCCAGCCAACUGUUCUUUAA